AAACUCAGAGAGCUCAAUUAAAAGACCAUGUCCGCCAUCGGGCGUCUACAGUCCUCGGUGUCCUUAUUUAAACCAAAUUCUCCAUGAAAUAGCAUUAUCCCGUGGCCUCAGCAAUGGCCAGUUCGGGUGCCGUUCAGGUGAAACUGGAACUCGGUCAUCGUGCCCUGGUCCGAAAGAAACCCACCGUGGAAGGUUUUACGCACGACUGGAUGGUGUUUGUCCGCGGACCGGAGCACAGCAACAUUCAGCAUUUUGUGGAGAAAGUCGUAUUUCAUCUACACGAAAGUUUCCCGAGGCCAAAAAGAGUCUGCAAGGAUCCACCAUAUAAAGUUGAAGAGUCUGGAUACGCUGGGUUUAUCUUGCCUAUUGAAGUUUACUUUAAAAAUAAGGAAGAACCAAAAAAAGUGCGCUUUGACUACGAUUUGUUCCUGCACUUGGAGGGUCACCCACCUGUCAAUCAUCUCCGCUGUGAAAAGCUCACAUUCAACAACCCUACUGAAGAGUUCCGCAGGAAGCUGCUCAAGGCUGGAGGGCAACGGGAUCCUCACAAAAGAUCUUCAGAGGACUCUAAAGUAAUGGUAAUGCAGGAGGGCUCUACUUCUCUGUUCGGGCAGCAUCUAAAGCUGCCCACAUUACCCAGCAGCUCAUUAACAUUGACCUUCUCUGAUGUGAAAAAGAGCAAGUCUUUUCCAGGGUCAAAGGUGUCCCGUUACAACGGCGCUCUGCAUGUGCGAAAAGAUUUGUAUCUAGACAUACACUGGAAAAGCAGUUUUUCAGAGAGCUCUCAAAAGCAGCAAGCGUGUCCUACCUUGCUACAGCACCACCAUUCAGAUAAAAAGGUUUUGAAAGACAAGCCGCAAAUCCGGCCUAGUAGGUUACAAAACACUGAACUUUCAGAGAAGAGAAAACCGCUAGCGUUACCGCCCUUCCAGGAUGUGUUAGAUCCGAAUGACUCGGACAUGGACGACAACACGUUCACAAGAUCAGAUUCGGAUCAGCCAAGUCCGGCCAGCUCCAGUUCCAGUUCGAGCUCCGGCUAUGGACGCGCACACAAGCGGCAAGUGUUGGGUCCUUUGCGGUCGGUGAUCCCAGAUUUGCACUCGGAUGAAAACGAAGAAGAUUCUGAAGAGGAGGACGAUAAUGACAUGGACUCGGACAUGGAGCGACCGUUACACACACAAAUGACACAUCGCCACCGCAGGGUGAGUUUAAGUGAUGGCAGUGACAGUGAAAAUAGCUCUGCCUCUUCACCACUGCCCCAUAAUGACCCCCAACCUCUACUGAAAACCGCCAAUAACCAGAUUGUGAACCUCAUUGAGGAAACGGGACACUUUCACAUCACAAACACAACUUUUGACUUUGACCUCUGCUCUCUGGACAAAACCACAGUUCGGAAGCUGCAAAGCUACCUGGAGACUUCUGGAGCGUCUUGAAGACUUGUGCAGCUGGCUGCAACGAGGAGGAAAAUC